AAUUGCCAGAAAAUAAUACGCUUACGUUCGUUGAAUGCCAAAACGGAUCCUGCUGCGUUGGCGCGUGAAGUCGUAGACAAAUGUGAUCUCAUACACAAGUCCCAAUUGGCCGAUGUGGAGCAAAUAAUAUUCUAUCUGAAGAAUCGCAAGGAUAAUGCUGGUGCAGACAUUGCGGACAAUAACAGCCACCAUCGUUCGGCUGUAUCUGCAAGGCGCCCAACCACCGCCAAGCCAAAUCCAACCUCUGCCGCUCUUUCGCCCGCUAAAACACCGGCCAGCAAUGCUGAUGUGUCCAUCAAUAAUAUUGAUGAGUAUGUGGAGUUGUUGUAUGAGGAUUUAAGUGAACGAAUACGUGGUUCGGCUAUGAUUUUGCAAGUGGCACGUAAUCCAGAUAAUCUGGAGGAGCUGGAGAAAAAUGAGGCUUGCCUAUCCGCAUUGUCGCGUGUGCUGCGGGAAGAUUGGCGCAAAAGUUUAGAUUUAUCAACAAACAUUAUUUAUAUAUUCUUCUGUUUUUCAACCUACACAAAAUUUCAUCCCGUCAUUGUGCAAUACAAGAUUGGUUCCCUCUGCAUGGACGUCAUCGACUAUGAACUGCGCCGAUAUGAAAGCAUGCGCAGUGAAUUGGAUGUGCGAAAGAAUCCUGUCAGCUCAGCUCCACUUUCUGCUAAAUCCAGCAAAGAGAAAUUAAAUCGCAGCACUGAUGAUUUUCUUGAUAUAAUGAAUGAGGAAAAGCCAAAAGAGAUGGAACCACCACGUCGCCGCAUACCAGAGCUGAAGCAACGUCCCAAGUCGGGUAACUGGUCUAGUUUUCACGGCUCAAUGUCCUCCUCGUUGAUGAAGAGCCAAGUACUCAAUAGCAGCUACCAUGAAGCGCUCUCUGCCGGUGCUGCCACUCCCGACUCGGGCGUCUCGUCGAACGGCGAUAUGAAAGCAACCAGCAAUGAGGCGCUCGAUCGCAACGAUCCCAAGGUAAAGAAAGAGGAAAUCGAUCGCCUAAAUAAGCAGUUGAAGGUGUUUGCCAAGAAACAAGAACAACUACUGCGUGUCGCUUUUUAUUUGCUCCUGAACAUGGCUGAGAAUAUAAAAUUGGAGGAAAAAAUGCGCCGCAAGCAUAUUGUUAAGAUGCUCGUCAAGACUCUGGAUCGACAAAAUAUCGACUUGCUUAUGUUGGUGACUACAUUCCUGAAGAAGCUAUCAAUUGUACGCGACAAUAAAGAUGAUAUGGGAGAGUUCAAUAUUAUCGCCAAGUUGCCACGACUUUUCCAGAGUGGGCAUACUGAUCUGGCGCAGGUAACGUUGAAGCUCGUCUUUAAUUUGUCCUUUGAUGGGGCAUUGCGGCGAAAAAUGGUCGGCGCUGGCUACCUACCAAAACUAGUGAUGUUCAUCAAUGAUGAAAAACAUCACGCCAUCGCCAUGAAGAUACUCUAUCACAUGAGCUUAGACGACUGGGUGAAAAGCUUAUUUACGCACACCGAAUGCGUGCAAAUGGCCACCGAUGCCAUCAUCUUAAAUUUAAACAACAAAGUUGAUCUUGAUCUCAUAGCACUAUGCAUCAAUCUGUCGCUGAACAAACGCAAUGCACAAAUUAUGGUUGAGGGGAAUCGCCUGCAUGACCUUAUGGAUCGUGCAUUCAAAUAUCAGGACUCGCUACUGAUGAAAUUAUUGCGUAAUCUUUCCCAACAAGAAGCACUGCAGCCAAAGUUUAUUGACUAUGUCGGCGAUUUGGCCCGCAUUCUAACGAUUUGUGACGAUGAAGCCUUUGUGGUAGAAUGUCUGGGCAUUCUUGGUAAUCUCUCCCUAGCCGAUCUAGAUUAUUCGCAGAUACUGCAGAACUUCCAAUUAAUACCGUGGAUAAGGGAUGUGCUUGUGCCAGGAGCCAAGCUGGACGACAUGGUACUCGACACGAUUGUCUAUUUGGGUACCUGCGCGCAUGACGAACUUUGUGCGCUACUCUUCUGUCGAGCAAAAGUGGUGCUCUCGUUGAUCGAACUGCUGAAAGCCAAACAGGAAGACGAUGAAAUCGUAUUGCAGAUAAUUUUCGUGUUUCAACAGAUUUUAAGGCAUGAGAGCACGCGCGAAUAUAUGAUCAAAGAGACUGAAUCACCGGCGUAUCUGAUUGAUUUAAUGCACGAUAAAAAUGCCGAAAUCCGAAAAGUCUGCGACUAUUGCCUAGACAUAAUCGCCAUUAGUGAUAGUGAAUGGGCCAAACGAAUCAAGCUUGAAAAGUUCCGCAAUCACAAUUCACAAUGGCUUUGCAUGGUCGAAUCGCAGCAAGAUCAGGACAAUGAACAAGACUACAUUGACAAUGAUGAGGAGGAAAACGAACUCGACACCUAUUUGCGUACCGAAUAUUUGGACAAUUGCGAUCUAUACAAUAGUACGAAUACGAAUAAGGAGAGUGAAGACAAUGAAAGCAACAAUCCAGCCAGCCCCGCAAUGUCCACCUAUAGUCGCCCAGUAAGCAGCUACCGCCGCAGCGAGGACCUCGAUGAUCUUUUCAACAUGACAUCCAGUUCGAAAUCGCAAGCCUCCAGCCAAGGUGACAGCAACUUUAUGUUCAAGUCGAACAAAUCACUGGACGCUGAAGGUCUACACGAGGAGUUGUUAAUGGCCUAAGCUGAGAAACUUAGUAGCAGCCUAAAAUAGGAAACCUACGUUCGUUGACGACUAAUGGGUUCAUACAUAAAUCUAACGCUACUGUAGACAGCAAACAAAAAAUUAAAAUACAUAUUUUCCAUGUAUGUAUUUAUGUAUGUGCUAUGUAUAUAUGUAUUGGCUAAUAGAAUUCUCUUGGAACAAAUUGUUGAGUGUGGCAGUCCAGCAUUAUUUGCGUCACAACCUCUCAGCCCCAAUAUAUGUACAUUAGACUGCAUCACUCCCCAUACAAAAAAAAAAAAAUCCGUUCAAAAUUUUUUUAAA